ACAUUCUUCUUUUAUGAUUUAUUCAUGUCAGCGUGAAGUGAAUUCGAGCUUUCUCUCGAUUUUUGUUAGGGAAAUUACUGAUUUCGGAUUAGGAUAGCAAGAUGUAUUCGAAUAUGAUUAUGGACGAGGAUAAGUCGCCGCCACGUGGAAUAAAAUACUCGCACGAAAACGAAAAUAAAUUUUCUGUAAGGACACUUCAAGGAAAUUGGUCUGAGGAAAGAAGUCGAUAUUGUUUUCCGAAAGAAAAAAAUGAUAGCAUAUACCACAUGGAAUACGUUCCAAAAAGUGUGGAAUCCGGAGCAAACACCCUAUUCGAUAUAGCAUCUGCAGGACAUGCAGGUGUAGACGCAAUAGUUCACCCAAAAACGGGUUGCGAUGAUCAUCCCAACUUUUUCGAAAACUUUACAUCCACUACUGAUUUGUCUUACAAUCACUUUCCCAAGUGGUGCAAGGAUGAAGUGCAAAUCAAGAGGAAUUACAGGGGAAUAUAUGAUAAUUAUUAUCCAAUGGAAGAAUACUUGGAACCUUUUCAUAAUUUGACAAAUUUUGGCCUAGUUGAGCAUAAAAGGGACUCAUGGAGCAAAGAAAUUGCAGAUCAAACAAAAGCAAUGAACAGUUUAUAUAAAGAUUCUUUUUUACCUCCACAUAAAGAGUGCUAUGAAUUUCCACGUUGGGGUAGACCUAGAGCACUAUCAAGUUUCAUUACCAAAACUUCAGAAACUCUUGAAGCUUUGAGGCUACGUGGUUGGAAUCCUGGAUUCUUUGUCAGUACACCAAGUAAUCCUCAAUUGUUCAACCGGCCAAAAACAUGCAAUAUAUUCACUUGGGAAUGUCCUCCAGAACAGAAAAUUUGUAUUCCUCAGCAUCAAUGGAAAAAUUGUUAUUUUCAACAAAAAUUACUUUGAUGAAUAAAUGUCAAUACCUUUUU